AUGAGUUCCUCACAUAUAUUUUCGCGACGUGCUGAUUCAACUUAUUUUGCCUUUAUAUCUUCGAGAAUUUAUAAGAGAAUAAAAAUAAAGCAUACAGUGCCAACGUUUACUUCUCUUGUUAAUAAUCAACGCCGAUGGAAGGCUAGUGCUAUUAUUCCAAGAACAACAUAUGAUAGUUCUUUUGUGGGUCUAUCGGGUGGUGAAAUAUUUCACGAGAUGAUGUUGCGACAUGGUGUAGAACAAGUGUUUGGAUAUCCAGGAGGUGCAAUCCUCCCCGUAUUUGAUGCUAUAUACAACUCCGAACAUUUUAACUUUAUUCUCCCAAGACAUGAACAAGGAGCUGGACAUAUGGCGGAAGGUUACGCGAGAGCUAGUGGUAAACCAGGUGUUAUUUUGGUCACUUCUGGUCCUGGAGCAACAAAUGUUGUCACUCCAAUGCAAGAUGCUUUGUUAGAUGGUACACCCUUAAUUGUGUUUUGUGGCCAAGUUCCAACGUCAGCUAUCGGAACUGAUGCGUUUCAAGAAGCUGAUAUUGUUGGUAUAAGUCGUGCUUGUACAAAGUGGAACGUAAUGGUUAAAGACGUUGCAGAUUUACCACGUCGUAUUUCUGAAGCAUUUGAAAUAGCAACUACAGGUCGUCCAGGACCUGUACUAGUUGAUCUUCCAAAAGAUGUUACCGCGGGUGUUCUUAAAAAAGCUAUUCCAACAAAACAUAAACUUCCUUUCCUUGCGUUUAAUGAAACACCUGCACUAGCUUCAUCUUUGACACUUACUCCAGUUAUUCAUCGUGCGGCUGAAAUUAUUAACCAAUCCAAGCGACCCAUCAUUUAUGCAGGUCAAGGAGUCCUUUCAACAACUGAAGGACCAAAUCGUUUAAGAGAGCUGGCAUCACGUGGUAACAUCCCAGUGACGACGACUUUACAAGGGCUUGGUGCUUUCGAUGAAUUGGAUCCUCGUAGUUUGCAUAUGUUGGGUAUGCAUGGUUCGGCAUAUGCCAAUAUGGCCAUGCAAUGUGCUGACACUAUUAUAGCUCUAGGAGCGAGAUUUGAUGAUCGUGUUACUGGAAAUUUGGCUCACUUUGCACCAAAUGCUAAAAGAGCAGCAAAAGAAGGGAAAGGGGGUAUAAUUCACUUUGAAAUAUGUGACAAGAAUAUCAACAAGGUUGUACAAGCUACAGAAGCUGUCCAAGGAGAUUUAUCAGAUAAUCUUAAUAGGCUUUUACCACAUAUUGAAUCACAAGAAAGAACAGAAUGGUUUUCAUUGAUUGAUGAGUGGAAGCAAAAAUAUCCUUGGACAUAUUCUAAACCAUCAUCCCCAGACCACGCAUUAAAACCACAACAAGUAAUAGAAGAAUUGGAUAGGCAAACUAUGGAUUGUAAAGAAAAAGUAAUUUUAACAACAGGAGUUGGUCAGCAUCAAAUGUGGGCGGCUCAGUUUUAUAGGUGGAGAUAUCCAAGAACAAUGAUCACUUCAGGAGGGUUAGGUACAAUGGGAUAUGGAUUACCUUCAGCAAUUGGAGCAAAGGUUGCAUGUCCGGAUAAAAUUGUUAUUGAUAUCGAUGGAGAUGCAAGCUUUUGUAUGACGGGGAUGGAAUUAGCAACAGCAGCCCAAUAUAAUAUUGGUGUAAAAGUCUUAAUUUUAAAUAAUGAUUUUCAAGGGAUGGUAAAACAAUGGCAAGAUUUGUUUUAUCAAAAAAGAUAUAGUCAAACUGAAAUGACAAAUCCUGAUUUUGUUAAAUUAUCAGAAGCGAUGGGUGUUAAAGCUUUAAGAAUUCGUACAGAAGAAGAAUUACCAGCGAAAAUGAAAGAAUUUUUAGAACACGAUGGACCAAUUGUAUGUGAUGUUAUUGUAGAAAAGCAUGAACAUGUAUAUCCUAUGGUGCCAGCUGGUAAAGCUUUACAUGAAUUUUUUGUGCAUCCUGGUUGUGCGAACGAAUUAAAAAUCAUGUAA